AUGAGAAUCAGCUCUGUAAUUUGCAAAUGGCUGCUCAGGCGAUGGCCCUGCCACUGCGGGGGAGCAGCCCAGGGUCACACAAGAAGUGUGCUGCCAGCAGAGUCCUCCCACCCACCUCCUCCGUCUCUCGCUCCCGUCUCACUUAGGCAGAGGUCAGCUGGAAUGAGAGGAGGCCAGUUUGGCUUUGAUGACCCAGCUGAGAAGGAAAUUCAGACACUGUUCAGGAAUGCCUGCCCCCCAGGCCGUGGUCCCAGCAACCAAGACAGAGAGACAUGGAUAGUGUCAGUGAUUCGGGGGCUGGGUGCAUCUUUGUGUCAGAGGCCAGGAACGCUUGGAUCUGAUCCCAGGUUCGGAAGAGCCUCCAGUCCAGACCUAGCACGGCUGAACACCCCCCCCCCCCCCCGCCACCACACACACACUACCCUGCUGGAGAACCCCAAGGGUGAGGUGGAAUAG